AUGGAUACCUCCGCGAUGGACAUCGACCCUCAAAACCCUGCACCUCCUGGUCUCGGAGAAUGGCAGGACAGCUACGUCCACAACGGAAGGACGUUCUUCGUUGCUCACCAGGAAACUUUCUCCGAGUGCGAUCUGCUUGAUUCCCGUGAGCAAGACGGAAUCACUGCCGUCGGCGCGGUCUCUCCAUUCUUCUCGUCCAGCGAGCCUGCCGGCACAACCUUCAAGCCGCUCCGUAAGCGUAAGCGCAAAUCAUCUGUCUCCCCCCGUGUCGACUACCUAAUGGGUGAUGCUGAGGCAGAGCACUCCCGCCUCUUCAGCCACGACGACAAAAACAAAAAUAACAACAACAGCAACGAAUCCAAUAACACCCCCGCCGCAACCUCAACCAUCGCUCCCUCUCUCGAUCCCACCUUAGCCCCAACCGUCGCCUCACACCUCCGCCCGCAAAUCCAAAUCAACCACGCAGGCAACGGCUUCCGAUUCAAGGACCUCGACGAGAACGUCCGCGAAAUAGUCUACAGCCUCUUCGUCAUCAGCGAGUACCCCCUCUUCGCAACCUCGCCCCGCAGUCCGUCCACCAAGCCCAGCAGAUUCCCCCACCCACACACGACCGAGCUCGCGAUCAUGCGCGUCGACCGGCAGCUGAACGUGGAGGCGCGCGCGGUCUUUUUCGCAGGCAACACCUUCGCGUUCGGGUGCGGCGCGUACGGCUCCCCCACGGAGGCCAACUUGCACGGCCUGGAGCUCUUCGUGGCGCUCGUGCCGGCCGUCGACGUCGGCCGUAUCAGGAAGAUCGACUUGCAUCUGUACCUCCCCGAGGGCUGGCUCAAGAUUGUUGGCCGCGGUGGCGGCGCCGGCCGCGAAUGCGUCGAGCGCGGGGUGCAGGAGACGCUGCUGGCUCUCGGCCGGUUGUUGGAGGGUAGCCUCGCCGGCGUGGAGGAGGUCACGAUUGAGCUUGUUGGUGUCGGCUGGGGGCUGGGUGCGACGACGGAGAGGGGGGCUCCGCGGGCGGUUCAGCUUCAGCGGCAGGAGAAGCUCGAUGCGCUUCUGGCGUUGGUGGUCGGUAUGGAGAAGUUGAGUAAGGUAUUCUUGCGCAUGACGGGCGACCGUGGUACUUACUACCCACUCGUAAAUAUGCUUUACCAUCUGCCACGGCGCAAGUUCUCGAUUAUUGAGCAGCUGGUUCGGGGUAUUAAGGCUGGAUGCCGGCCGAUGGUCGAUUCUGCACCGAGGGCAACCGGAGGGCUGGGUAGGGGUUACAUCGAGCCUUAA